UUUGUUGGUCUUUUAGCAAGUCUAAACGUUACGACGACACAUCACAUCACACUACGUUAGUCAGUUUUCAAAAAAACCGGUUAAUCAUUUUUAACUUUGAAUAUUUCGAAAAAUAUAAAUUUUUCUUCAAUUUAAUCAGUUUAUUUAUCAACAAAUAACAAUAAUCAAAGAUGGCACCCAGAAAAGCAGCAAAACGUGGUGGUGGAGAUGAUGAAGUAGCUGUUGCAAAAAAAGUAACAAAAUCUGAAGAAGAAAAUGGUAGUGAAGAACCUAAAGUUGAAAAAGUGAAAGCUGGUAAAGGAAAAGCCGCUGCAAAAAAAGAGGAAAAGCCAAAAGGUAAAGCAAAGCCAGAGAAAGAUGAUGAAGAAAGUAACGAAGAAGAAGCAGAACCAGAGCCAGAGCCAGCUAAGAAAGGACGAGGAAAAGGAGGUAAAAAAGCUGCAGAAGAACCAGCAGAGAAAAAAGAACGACCAGUACGAGCCAGUCGCAAGAAGCCAGCACCCAAACCUGACAGUGAAGAAGAUGAAGAGGACGAAGAAGAUGAACCACCAAAGAAAGUAACAAAAGCUAAAAAGGAACCUGCCAAAAAAGCAGCACCUAAAGGUCGUGGUAAGAAAAAUGCAGAAGAAUCUGCUGAAGUUGAAAAAAAGGAACCAGCAAAAGGACGAGGUCGAGGUAAAAAGGAAGCUGCCGAUGAUGCUGAAGAAAAACCAAAGGCUAAAGGACGAGGAGGUCGAGGAAAGAAAGCAGCUGAAGAAGCACCCGCUAAAGAAGACAGUGAAGAAUCAGCUGAAGAUAAAGCAGAUGAUGAUGAAGAAAAUGGAACAGAGGAAGAAGAAGAAGAAAAAUUAAAUGGCGAUGGGGCCACUGUUGAAGUUGAACAUUGUUCAUCGUGAUCAGUAUUUAAGAGACGAGCUUUGGAUUACUGCGAUAAUUUGAAAACAGCAUUCCCUCAAAUACAAUUCAAUUUUCUACUUAAUCCAAAUGGUAAACCUAAACGUGGUUCUUUUGAAAUUACGUUCAAAUACUUAAAUAAAACUACAAA